AUGCGGUCCGGGCGAUUAGGAAAGUCGGUGGAAGCCAAGCUGGAGAAAGCGCGGGCGCGGGGAGAAAAGGUUCUGCCGUCUCCCCGGGAGAAGCGGGCGCCUGGCCCGGCUGGCCGGCAGGCGGGCGGGCUGGCGAGCGAACCGGCGCGCUGGCUGGCGGGCGGCAGCAGCGGCCCCUCGCCCCCAGCAGACUCCCCACACCCGCUACACGGGAGUCCUCGGCCCCGCCGCCCAGCACGGCGCCCAGCCCGGCGGCCCGGCUUACCUCUGCGAAGCCGCCUGCCCUGGAGAGAGGGAAGCGCGGAGCUCGGUGAGCCGCAGGAGAGGCGGCGGAGCCCCCAGCCCCUGGCACGCACGCCGCCACCGCCACCGCCGCCGCGAGCCGGUCGCGCUCAGAGCCCGCGGCCGCGCCGGUGGCCACCCGACCCCGAGGCGCCUGGGAAAAGCCCGCACCGCGCCGCGCAGCCGCUGCACCGCACAGUGCCACGCCAAGCAGCUCCGGCCUUAGCCGGUGCCCUCCCGCCCGCCCGCCCGCGGUUUCGGCGCCGGACUCCGGGGCGGCGCUCAAGCUGGUGCAGCCACCCCGGAUCGUGUGAAAGCGAAGGGCCGGCUGGGGAACGGAGUCCACGCGGCCCCGCGGGUCCUGCAGCCCUGUGGACCGGCCACGGCUCCCGGGUUGGGGCUGGGGAGUCCUGGCUGUGGGCACCCCUCGCCCAGAGCCCUGGCCGGUGCCCGGCUUCUAAAGCUGUCGGGGGCCAGGGCCGGGGACACCGGCUCUCCCCACCGACCUGCGUGGACUUGCCCAAUAAAUUCCACUUAGUAAUUUCACUGAGGCAAAGGAGAGCCUUGCCAGAUUCUGCGCAGAGUCGCAUGGAGGGCCUAAAGGGCAGUGGUGGCUCUCCUCGAAGUCCUGAGCUGGGGUUGCGUUGGAGGGUUUCUGCUCUGUGGUCAUCCAGAGCAGGAAGCUGGCAAGAUGCGACGCGGAGAAAUGCUACUCUCCCGGACCGUGGGGCUAGGUGCAGCUCAGGAGGCUCGCUGAAAAACCAACAGCCGGCAACAGGAUACGAAGAGCUUGCACCAGAAUUCGUGGAGAUUCCUUCUGCCUUCCUACGAUGCCAGCGCCAAGUGCCCUGCAUUUGCUCUUCUAACAAAGUUCUGUUUGUUGACGGACUAACCGGCUUACAGACACAAAGAUGGGAAGCAAACGGAGAGACUGAUCAAGGCCCUUCCUCGACAUCUGGAGGAAGCUUGGACGAGUGCCUCGGUCGCUAGGGUCUCUCUCUGGCACCCAGGCUGGAGUGCAAUGGCGUGAUCUUGGCUCACUGCAACCUCGCCUCCUGUGCUCAAAUGAUUCUCCCACCUCAGCUUCCAGAGUGGCUGGGACUACAGAUGCGUGCCACCAUGCCCAGCUAAUUUUUUGUAUUUUUGCAUUUUUUGUAUUUUUUUUCUCUUUUUGUAGAGAUGGGGUUUUGUCAUGUUGCCCUGGUCUCGAACUCCUGAGUUCAAGUGAUCUGCCUGGCUCGGCCUCCGAAAGUGCUGGGAUUACAAGCGUGAGCCACCACAUCUGGCCCUAUAUUGUGUUCUUUACUCAUGUAUAUGUUUUAAGAUUUCCAUAAUAAAUCUUUUUUACAACCAUU